AUGCCUUUUACUAACAGGCGUCAGCCGAGUGAGGAUUCAUAUGCUACUUGGCUGGCGAUCGGUACGGUUGUCGAAACACGUCUCUGGAUACACAGUAGUGCCGGUGCCCGCCUAAGCUGCAACAUGGCCGACAGAGAUACAAAAGUGGACCGGUCAGACCCUGAUUUCAAGUAUUUGUCUGUCGACAGGAACGCUUUCAACGACCCAGCUACCCAGGCAGAAUGGACACAGAAACGCCUGGUAUGGGUGCCCCACGAAGUGAACGGCUUCGUAGCGGCCGGAAUCAAAGGGGAGCGAGGAGACGAAGUAGAAGUCGAAGUCGUCGAAACUGGCAAGAGGCAAUUCGUCCCCAAAGAUGAUAUUCAAAAGAUGAACCCUCCCAAAUAUGACAAAGUCGAAGAUAUGGCAGAAUUGACUUGCCUCAAUGAGGCUUCUGUCUUGCACAACAUCAAAGACAGAUACUACUCGGGGCUCAUUUAUGUGAGUACGAAAAAGUUUUGUUGUGACAUUAACGCCCGAGAGGAAGAUAUGAGAACCGGUGAGACAAUAAGCCAUGGAUGGUGUAGGCCACACCUCGGGCCCCAAGGUCGCCAGGUUCCUCCCCUCUCCGUCUUCGGUUCUCUCGGCUCUGGGUCUCUUCUUCCGAGUCAUCCUCCUCUUUCUCUUUCAUUAAAACUCUCCACCGCCUCCCGUUCUUCCAAACCUAGCGAUGGACUAUCAGCGGAAAGGAGAGUUUGCCUGACGAGAAGUUGUUAA